AGCCUUUCGUUCGAGGAUAUUUUCCUCUCUCAGGUUCUCAGCGUUCCCCCUAGGGUUUUCUUCAUCUUCAACCUAGAGUACAAGCAGAAUAGCGCUGAACGGCGACAGCAGCAGCACCACCAACCUGUCAUGGCUACUCAAAUGAGCAAAAAGCGAAAGUUUGUGGCUGAUGGAGUGUUCUUCGCCGAGCUUAACGAAGUUCUUACCAGAGAGCUUGCAGAGGAUGGAUACUCCGGAGUAGAGGUUAGGGUUACACCUAUGCGGACUGAGAUUAUCAUCAGGGCUACUCGCACCCAAAAUGUUCUUGGCGAGAAAGGAAGGAGAAUCAGAGAACUGACAUCUGUUGUUCAGAAGCGUUUCAAGUUUCCUGAAAACAAUGUUGAGCUAUAUGCCGAGAAGGUUAACAACAGAGGACUCUGUGCCAUUGCUCAAGCCGAGUCUCUGCGCUACAAGCUUCUAGGAGGCCUUGCUGUGAGAAGGGCUUGUUAUGGUGUCCUUAGAUUCGUCAUGGAGAGUGGAGCUAAAGGAUGUGAGGUUAUUGUUAGUGGUAAGCUGAGGGCUCAGCGUGCGAAAUCCAUGAAAUUCAAGGAUGGUUACAUGAUAUCGUCUGGACAGCCGGUGAAAGAGUACAUUGACUCUGCCGUGAGACACGUUCUCCUUAGACAGGGUGUUCUGGGUAUCAAGGUCAAGAUCAUGCUUGAUUGGGACCCGAAGGGUAAGCAAGGUCCACCAACACCGCUUCCGGAUUUGGUUACCAUCCAUACUCCCAAGGAGGAAGAGGAUUUCAAUAGUCCCGUGGCUGAGAUUCAGACUGAGAUUGAAUUUGGAGCAGCUUAAGAUAAGAGGAACAGCAGAAAUUAGGGAGGAAGUAGUGGUGUUGCUAUUAUAAUAUCAUUUCUCUCAGAAUAUGGAAUUCUAAGUUUUGAUGUCGUUUAUGUUUUUGAGUUUUGAUUUUGGGAUGUUUUUGUUACAAAUAUUCACAUAAACUUUGUUACUUUAUGUCAAAUCCCCAGUCUUUAGUGGUAAUCUUAAUUUACUUUUGUAACAUCAGCCGAAAAGGCCCCCCUCUGUUGUGUUAUGAUCUAAUUUUAGUUUGGCUAUUUGGCCCGAGUUUUUUUUA